AGCAGAUUCCAAUUCUAAUACGUACAGCAUUUGGGCCCAAAUCACCGACAUUGUGGCGUUUUGUGGGCCUGCCACUGGGCUUUGGAUCUCUGCGCCGUUGAUGAGUCUCAUCUCUACGGCCGUUGUUGGUCGACGAAGCUCUACUGAACUAGCUGCUUUAGGCCCUGGCACGGUUUUUUGUGAUAACAUGAACCUCUUGUUCAUGUUCCUUUCCAUCGCAACUUCCAAUAUGGUCGCCACUUCACUUGCAAAAGAGGACAAAAAUGAGGUGCAGCAUCAAAUAUCUAUGUUACUUUUUAUUGGCCUCAUAUGUGGGACACUGAUGCUGUUGUUUACACAGUUUCUUGGUUCGUGGGCGUUAACUGCUUUUACUGGGCCAAAGAAUGUGCAUAUUGUACCAGUAGCAAGCAAAUAUGUUCAGAUUCGUGGCUUGGCAUGGCCUGCUGUUCUUUACGGACUGGUUGCUCAAAGUGCAAGUCUUGGAAUGAAAGAUUCGUGGGGACCUCUAAAGGCUUUGGUCAUUGCCAGUGCUGUGAAUGCCAUUGGUCAUGUAAUCCUAUGCAGUUUUCUGCGAUACGGUAUAGAGGGCGCAGCAUGGGCAACAAUGGCAUCCCAAAUUGUAGCGGCUUUUAUGAUGAUUGAAGCACUGAACAGAAAAGGAUAUAAUGCUUUUGGCUUCUCAUUGCCAUCGUUCUCUGACUUCUUGCAAAUAUUUGAGAUAGCUGCACCUGUGUUUGUGACGAUGUUCUCAAAGGUGGCUUUCUAUUCUCUUCUUACAUAUUUUGCCACAGCUAUCGGUACUCAUACAGUUGCAGCUCAUCAGGUUAUGAUUCAGAUGUACAGCAUGUGCGUAGUAUGGGGGGAACCUCUUUCUCAAACUGCUCAAUCAUUUAUGCCCGAGCUAUUAUAUGGGUUCAAUCGAAGUUUGGAGAAGGCACGAACCCUAUUGAAGUCACUGGUGAUUAUUGGAGCAUUGCUUGGACUAGUAAUUGGACUUGGCGGAAUGUCUAUUCCUUGGUUGUUGCCAAACAUUUUUACCCCUGAUCUUAAGGUCGUACGUGAGAUGCGCAGCGUGUUGAUUCUGUUCUUUUUUGCUUUAUGUGUGUCACCCUGUACUCACAGCCUCGAGGGCACAUUACUGGCUGGCGGGGACCUUAAAUUUAUUAGCUUAUCAAUGAGUGGAUGCUUCUCCCUCGGAGCUGUUUUACUAUUGCUUGUGAGUAGUAAAGGCUAUGGUUUGCCUGGUUGUUGGUGUGCUCUAGUAGGAUUUCAAUGGGCUCGAUUCUUCCUUGCUCUCCGGCGCCUUCUCUCUCCUAAUGGCAUGCUUUACUCUGAGGAAAGCCAAUUUGAACUUGAAAAGUUGAAAGCAGCUUAGGUUCAGAUUUGUCCACAAGUUGUGCAAGGGAACUACAAUCCUGAUGAAGUACACAUGCAGAGAGUUGCUCCUCGACCUAUGUUUUUUCUUGCUACCUGUGGCCUUUUUAGGUGUCAAAUUUUUCCUGGUUGUUGAUUGUAUUUUAUGGACUUCAAACUCCUAUUGUUAAAAUCAACAACUUAUGAAAUGAUUGACAACUAAUUAGGAUACCAGUACCCAAGGAAAAAUCCAGAAUAUCGAAGCAAUUCCUAAUAUACAAAGUUUACC